ACGGUCUUCUCUUUGUCUUCCGCGAGAAGCUUCCCCCUCUUGUGUUUUCUUAUCCUUCUUCUUCAUUAAGCCCCAAAGCCACAAAGCUUGUUGUGGACAUGUUCUUAUAGCGAUCGAAUGCUUCGGAAUCCUUAUAGGGUUCUUGAUAUUUCCGAUUGACGUCACUUCUGGGUGGAUUUAGUUGUGGUAGAGAGCAGGUGGGGAUUUGGACGGCUCGAGGUAGGGUUCCGUAGCUUCGACUUGUGGUGGUGGUAGCCGAUGAUUCGCCCGGGGAAGCUGCCGGUGGGGUUCCGUUUCCACCCCACGGAUGAGGAGCUCGUCAGCCACUACCUCAGGGGUAAGAACACUGGCCGGAUCAAGCCCCACGACGAUGUCAUCCCCGAGAUCGACGUCUGCAAGUGCGAACCCUGGGAUCUCCCAGGUAAGUCCUUGAUCGAGUCGGACGAUCCCGAGUGGUUCUUCUUUGCGCCCAGGGACAGGAAGUACCCGAAUGGGCUCCGGUCCAAGCGGGCCACUGAGGCUGGGUACUGGAAGGCGACGGGGAAGGACCGCGUCAUCCGGUCCAAGGCCACCGCAGCCGCCGCCGCCGCCCCCAUCGGCAUGAAGAAGACCCUCGUCUUCCAUCGCGGCCGCGCUCCCAACGGCGUGCGCACCAACUGGAUCAUGCACGAGUACCGCACCACCGAGCCGGAAUUCGAGGCCGGUGAUCAGGGUGGUUAUGUUCUUUAUCGCUUAUUUAAGAAACCGGAAGAAAACUGUUCAAGCUCCAAUAUUGAUGAAAUGGAGCCAGGUGGUUUCUCUCCGACUAUAAAUAAAUACUCCCCGGAUGAUACCAAAUACUUUCCAGAUGAUACCCAACGGGAAACAUAUGCUACGGAAGAAAUUGGAACUCCACGGAACCAUGGAUCUCCAAAAUCAGAUGUACCAGAAGAAUCUGAAUCGUUAGCUGAUCCUGUUGAAAAGCAACCAGAUGCUAGCAAUAAACGUCUUGCUGAUAUGCCUGAUCAUUCAACAAAUUACUCCGCACAUCCUGAUGAGCGUUGCUGCUAUUUGGCUCUACAUGAUCAAGAGGCUGAAGACGGACAGAAGUUUGACAAUCUGCAAGAUGUUCUGGACCAGUUAUGCGACCCAGGGUGCCAGCCAAUAGACUAUGAUAAUUUUCCAAACAUCAGUUCUCCGAUGUUGCCUUACACAGACUAUCCUUUUUUUGGUGAUAUCAAUAAUGAAUUAUUUCCUGUUGAUAAUGCUGAACAAGAUUCUCUGAAUGAUUACUUGAAAGCAGAGCUCAACAGAGAACGGUGUUCAUUAAUACAGAGUGCGGCAAGUAUGCAAUCUUCGGAUUGGUUAUGUGGAACGUCUAAUCAGUCUACUAAUCCGGUGCCUCAGUUGAACACCGAAAAUGCAAGUCUGCCUCCUUAUCACGGCACUGCAGGAGUCUAUUCAGUUGUGCCUACUUCACAAUCCUUGCAAGGUUUGUUUAAUAGCAUGGAGAACACAAGCAACCAGGAGACUGUUGCUGGAGAUGGUAAUAACUUUGAGGAGAUUGGAAUCGAGAUCAGAUCUCGUGGGCUCCAGCUACUUCCAAAUCCAGAUGAUGUAUCUACAACUCAGGGAACUGCAGCAAGAAGGAUUCAUUUGCAAAGUUUAGUCGCAAACAUGCCUUUGCCUAGUUUUGAUGGUGAAUUUAACAUCAGUAAAUGCAAUCACAAAAACAGGGAGGCAACAUUAAAGGAAUUGCAGGUAUUAUGUUCUGAUAGCAGAAAAGAAUCGGAUUUGGAGAAACAUAAAAUGCACAACGUGGGGAGAGGUACCAAUAUUGGCACUCGGCAAGCACACCACCCUCCAAUUGCAAACGAAUCUGCAAAAAUGGGUACAGCGGCAAGAGGAAUCCGUUUGCGACGCGGAUGCAAAGUUAAGUUACUUUUCAGUACGAAACAUAAAUCAAGCAGUUGCGAAAGCCACAAACACAUGGUGGCAAUUAUGAAGGCAGUUGUGCAUGCAAUUAACGUCACGGCUGAAGUUAGGAAGAUUCUAGGGUCCACUCUUCUGGACAAACUUGACAAGUUAUUAGUUCAUGAUAGAGCACCACCGUACUCUUCAGAUGCCUAUGAACUUUCUAAACCUGUGUUGAGGAAGAGAACAAAACCGACGAUUGGCCACGAGAAUACGUCUAAAGGCUUCCCUGCUUGGCCAAAGCCACCAAGAGGCCACCCCGUUGAUCGGUAUGUGACUUGGUUGAUUCUUUUGGUGGUCCUUCUGCCUUUAUGUCUCGGGAUAAUUCUUUUGGUGGUCCUUUUGCCUUUAUGUCUCGGGAUACAAUGGAGCAUGAUCCGUCUAAGUAUUUGAUAUCUUAUGGUCCUGUAUAUGAUCACUUCCACAAGGCUUCUUUCUUCUUGAUAGGUUAAGUGGGUAUGCAUGUACUCAGAAGUAGGGGUUUCAGAUGCUUUGUACUUGUGCCGUCACUCCCUUCUCGCUCUUGUACAUCUCACUCCCGUGGCCCGUCUACGUCGGCCACUUCGUCGACCACAUCAAGCUUGCCGUCUCCAUGGCGCUCUUCUACCUUGGCCUCAGCUCCUCCUGCGAGGACUACUUCGUCUACCCGCUGCAGCUCGCCGUCUCCAUGGCCCUCUUCUACCUCGGCCUCAGCUCUUCCUACGAGGACUACUUCUUCCCGCUGCAGCUCGCCGACCUGCCCUCCUCCCUGCCUCUUCUAUUAACCCCGCCUUCCGUCAUCAAGGCCAGACUCCCCGUCGUGAGGUUCUCCAGCCUCGGGACGAGCUCUCUCCAAGGAGGAGACGACGCCAUCUGCGCGGUGUGCCUGGGGCGCCUGGAAGCGAGGCACGAGGUCAGGGAGCUCGGCAACUGCCCUCACGUCUUCCACAAGAGGUGCAUCGAUAAGUGGGUGGACAUCGGGCAGGUCACCUGCCCACUGUGCCGAGCUCAGCUGCUGCCCAUGGGAAGGGACGAGGAGGAUCGAUGGAUUGGCUGCUGAUCCCUCAGCAUCAUGAAGCACCUUCCGGACGUGGAAAUUCGACUCACCGGUGAAGCUAUUAUUUGCUCUCUACUUGGCUGUUCAAAUAAUGGUGUAAUUAAUUGUACAUGGAAAGAAAACAUCUAUUCGAUCGGAUGCUUUCUGACUGUGUAGUAAAGGAAAAAAAAAAAAAAAAGGUUGAUAAUAGUCGGAUUGACGAAAGGCAGUAAGUAACAAAGAGAUGUUGGUGGUUAA